GGUGCGCGGCGCGAGCCAUGGCGGCCGGUCCCGCGCGGGCGGUGGCGCGGGCGCUGGAGGCGCUCGAUGCUGGUGGUGCAGCAGAUAAGAUUAAUUUAAUACCUCAAGACUUCUUUGCAGAGCUGUGUGAACAAAUAAUUCAUCAUCUGAACCAUAAGAUCCCAGGUGUAAAUACAGCUGAAUUGUGUCAGAGAAUUCAGACAUCAGGGAUUGAAAUUAACAUUGGUGACCUGGCAAAAAUAGCUAACGUUCUUUCAUUUCUAUUUAGCACAGCAGCCAGAAACAAUCUCUCUACAGAAGAACUCGUCACCACCUUGGGCAGUGCAGUCAGCACACUGCCAAAACAUGCACUUCAAGUUAUACGUCAUGUGUGGAAUGAGCAGGGCAAAUUUGUUACUGCGUCAGAAGAUGCAAGAAACGUGGCCACCGUGGGGCAGUUUGUAGAUAUGAAAUGGAAACUGGGAGUUGCGAUGAGCUCUGACACCUGCCGGUCUCUGAAGUAUCCAUAUGUUACAGUGACGCUGACGGUGGCAGACCCUUCAGGACACAUAACGGACAAGUCUUUUGAAAUGACGAUCCCACAGUUCAAGAACUUCUUCAGACAGUUCAAGGAAAUGGCAUCUGUUCUUGAAACAGUUUGAAGAGAACUUUCAUUUACAGUGACAUUUUGGACAAAGUUAGAUCAAGGAAACUUUCCGUUCUGCACAGGGAAUAAAGUGCUAUUGUUCAGCAAGGUAUGUAUCCUUGUCUCUUUGACAAGAAUUGCUCAGCAUCAUCCUUGCAUUGCUGUGAAGAUUUCUUCGCUUUGAAGCCAACUCUGCAGUGUUUGUGAAAACAUGUUCAGCUUUCUUCAUCCUGGUAGACAAAAUAUUGGGAUGUGUAUGGAAAACCAUCCCUGUAGUCUUCCUAAACCCACACUGUGUGGUUUUAGUGCAGAAAGACACCUGAAAAUGUUAACUGGAAAGAUACAGAGAGAAGUGGAAAUCUCAUGUUAACACUUUUGUCUGUAAAAUUGGGAUGCACUUGGACUCAACAGUGAUAUUACAUAUAAGGAGAAUAUGAAGUUACAUGUAGCAAGCAUACAGUUAUUCUUGAAGAAUAGCAUUGUCGAGUAGUUUGGUGCAGGUAUUUGCAGACUUGGUUUCCAGUCUUUUAAUAACUGGAGAAUGAACUUGUCUUAAUGGCUUGUUUAUUUCAAAUACUUAUUUCUCACCACCUAAGCUUCUAAAACCUGUGUUAAUGCAUUAAGUUUUUCCAGAAACCCAAAAUUUACCCUCUGAAUUGAAGCCCAGAGGCUAAUUUUACAUAAAGGUAGAAAGGCAAAUUUAAUUCAAAAGCAUUUUAAUGUAUUUUUGCUUUUUCAUUUCAUCCAGUAUUAAUCUCUUGCGUUCUGCUUAAUGAUUUUUUGGUCAGCAGUCUGCUUUUUAAUUAAAUUAGGAUGUUGAUUUAGUUGCCUCAGUCCAAGCUCUGAACUAGAAAAGUCAAGAGGAAACUUGAAAAUACAGGCUGGAGUGUUAGCCAAGUCCAUCAGAGAAAGGACCACAUUAAAAGAUUUGCUUGUUGCAUUGUGUCAGGCAUCCACUGGACUCUGUUCUGCACACUCGCUCUCAGAGAAUGUCCUAAUCAGCAAGAUUUUGGACUUUGGUGCUGAAGAAUGGGGGCAUUUCCAAAGGGGAGUGAUAAAUCCAGUGUGAUUGCAUGCUGGUUUUUAAAAUUUUUUUCAUUGAGUUUUCCAUAAAACAAAACACACACUGCAUGUACUGUGGGAUGCAGUAAAAGCAAUACUGUUGCAUCUCAAGAUGUGCUGGUGGUGUAGCAGAACAAGUAAAUCUGAAGAGAGAUAAGUCGUAAGCAGACUGAAGUUUAUGCUUCAAAUUCAGAAUGGUAGAGACUGAGAACCAGUUUUGCUUGGACAGAUCCUCAAGUGAUUUCAGGCCCUCUUAAAAGUGAGAAUAUCUACCUUUCUAAUUCACUUAAUUUUUUUUCCCCACUAACGUUUCUUAAAAGCUGGCUGAAAGUCAUUGCUAUUGGUUAUGCCUGCCUUUUUGUGCUAUAAAAACAAACAGCAUGUUGUGCUGCAUGCAGCAAUCCUUUCAGGAAAGAAAGGAUUUUCACCCCCACGAUUUGGGUACUAUGCAUGGUGCAUAAAAACAGUACUUGGGAGUUGCUUAGAAGCCCAAAUAAGUGGAACAGUGUUGGCUUUAACAAAAUUUUUCAGCUAUGGCCAUUGAUCUGGAUGAUAUGUUCUUUGUGCUGCUUGAAGUCUGAGGUGUUUGUGGCUGGGGAGAGCAGGUUGGUCUUCUCUGGGACCCUCCAAAUAGAAUGUCACAAAAUGGUCUUGGAACACUUAGCAUUUUCUCUUCCCUUCUCUGUCUUCAAGGGCUCAAGGCUGAACCUAGUGCAAACAAAUCCUGUCUGUGUAUGGAAAAGUGAUGUUAGCAGCUGUUGUUUUUCGGGUUUUUUUUGUUUGCUUUUAAUUUGCAAAAGUUGGAGUGUAAGGCUGCUAUAACUGGAAAACAUUGGCUUUGGCCUAGUGAAUUAAUUGUUUUACAUUAGUGCAAGAGUUCCAAAAACAAUAAGUGUGGGUUUUUUUUUAGUAAAGCUGGAGCCUUACAAAUACUUCCCAUGUGUUCUAAUGCACAUAAAUUCUUCAUAUAGCUGGAACUACUUGUGCCUUCAUUGGAACUGGAUGGAAAAGAUUUUAUUCACCAUGUCUUAAUGAUUCAGUAGAUGCUGGAAGGUAAUGAGGGAACUUCCAGUUAGCAUUUUUGCUUGGUCCAUCAGGAAGAGGAGAAAGUUGUCAGCCUUUGUAAAGUGUAACUUAUGUUUUGUCAAAUCAGAUAUUCUAGAAUUUUGAUGAAUAUUUUUUAAAAUGUCCCUGAACUCCAUCCAGCAUGUUGUAAUUCUGGCUGGAAGAUGCUUGGACAUGUGUGCUAUACCAGUUUAAUGUCUGAGAAUUUUCAGAGGAGUUAUGAUUUGAAGUUGGCUCAGUACUCAAACUUCUGAAAUAUGUUCUGAUCUAUCAGUGGGAACUGCUCUACUGAGUAAUGGAAGAAUUAAGUACUUUAUUAAAAGAAACCACACUAAAAACCUAUCAGUUUGCAGGAUAGCAAUACUAACACGUUCAAACAAGCUGACAAGCUGUUGAAUUGUUUAUCUAUUUUAUGUGCAGAAACCAGAUCUUUUAAAAGAGAAUCAGGAGUCCUCUUGUGUUCCUAAUUCUAAUUGUUGAUUAAUACAAAAUUGUAUAACAUGAAUAUUUUUGUAAAUCUACAAACAGUCAUUAAACAUGUAGGUAACAAAGAUAAAGCUGGUCUGUAUUUUGUUUUAAGCCUACUGCAUGCAAGUCUGUCUUGUAAAUAAUGACUAAAGUUCAGGAUUAGACUAUGACUUAAUUUUUUUCCUUUUUAAAUUAGGAUGGAGUUCAAACAUAAGCAGUCUUUCUCUGUGAUGGGCUACCAAGGAGCUGAUGGGUAACUGCAGGCUGCAAGGAUUAUUUGUAUCAGUUACUUAGAGCUAGACAAAGUGUUAUAUUGAAUCAGGAAAAGACAGAGGAAAUACAAGAUUCAUUAAAUUUUGCAGGAGGUUGCAUUUAAAUGAUUUUAUUUCCUUAAUUGUAUUUAGAAGACCUGUAAACAUUUUAUUUUUUUCAACAUUUGCCUAGAACAGACCAAGAGGAAGGAAGGGGGGUGGGGUCUUGCACAGUCAACAAACCCAGGGGAGGGAAUAACGAAGAAAUGUCCUAGCAAUAAGUGCUGUCUUCAUCACAUGACUUUUUUUUUGCUUUAAUUUCAAACACAACAAUCCACUUGCAGAAAGCUAUUUUUGUAGAAAGCUCCACAGAAAGAGUACACAAAUAGCUGUAGUAUGGCUGUGCACUAGUGUUCCAUAUUGAGCUUCUGCACACUUUGGCCUAGUCAUGACCCAAGUAAAAGCAUCUCUGUUCCUACUUCCACAAAACUGUACUGCCUUUCUUUAACCACAUUAUAAAGAUAUGUAACUUCCUUGUUCACUGUGAGUCCAUCCCCUUUGAUUUUUUUACAUUUCUCCUUCUCAAGCCUGUGCACUCUGUUUGAACACCUGAAGAUACAUUACCUUGGAUCAAUUAAAAACAAAAGUAGAGAUAUGAUAAGUUGAAGGAAGAAUGUUUUUUUUUCUUUCUUGCUUGCCCUGUUCCUUGUCAUGUUUGAAUGUUUUGUUACCCUGUAGGUAUAAUGAGAGGGUAAUUUCCACUCCUUUGCAGAGGCAUGCAGGGUGGUUCUGGCUAGCCUUUGCAGGUACUAAAGUAACACACAAAAGUGCCUGAGUAAUUUGAUCUACCUGCAGCAAAAAAUGCCUCAUCUCUGAAGAACCUUUACAAUGUGGGCAGGGGGAGGGGGGCAUUUAAAAUUGAGCACCCUCCUGUCCAGGAUUCUUUGGUUGAUCAUGGUAGGGCUCAUUUCCUAGACAGAUUUUUAGGACAGUUAUAUGCCUGUUGGUUGGGCUGCUAGCUUGCUGGGCAUUCACUUCAUUAGGAAGCUGGAUUUGUGCAUGUUAGUAUCUGACCUGAGUGCUUUGACCUGAGCUUGCAUGGUAUGUUGUUGCAGUUCUCCCUUCCUGAGGCUCAGGCCAUUCAUAAUUGGAUGUGCUUGUCAAUUUUUGGCCAAAUACUUCCUUUACUUUUGCUUUUAGUGUACAGCACUGUCCAUACCUACUCAUCCAGGUCUACUUUUCUUUCUUUAGGGGAGGUGUCAUGGUUUAAUCCCAGGUCAAACACCACACAGCUCCUUGCUCACUCCCCUCCUGUGGGACGGGAGGGAGAGUCAGAAAAGUUAGAAAACUCAUGGGUUGAGAUAAAGACAGUUUAAUAGGUAAGGCAAAAGCUGCACACACAAGCAAAGCAAAACAAGGCACUCCAAAUAUCCCCCCUUCCUCUUUCUUCCCCACCCUUUAUGUACUGAGCAUGAUGUCGUACAGUAGGGGAUAUCCCUUUGGUCAGUUGGCAUCAGCUGUCCUGGCUGGGUCCCCUCCCAAUUUCUCAUGCACCCUCAGCUCCCUUGCUGGUGGGAUGGUGUGAGAAGCAGAAAAGGCCUUGGCUGUGUUUAAGCACUGCUCAGCAACAACAAAAACAUCUCUCAUAUUAUCAACACUUUCCAGCACAAAUCCAAAACAUAGUCCUGUACCAUCUCCUGUAAAGAAAAUUAAUUCUACCACAGCCAAAACCAGCACAUGCAAAUCAGAGGGACAAUGCUCAGUACUCCUCAUACCUUUGAAAGUCUUCCUGAUUCUUGUUUCCAAGGCUCUUCAAGGGAAGGGGUAGAAAUGACCCGUCACUUGAACUGAGUUACUGGGAUAUGUCUGUUAAUGAUGACUUUGUGUCAUUGAGAAAGUAAGGAAGCUGAGAUUGCUGAUUGUCUCCAUGAAGGCUGAUUUUAGUGGUUCUGGGUUUCCUCUUCCCUAUACUUCAUUUGCCUCCUGUGGCUAAUUACGGUCUAGUUGCCCUAAUUUGAGAACUGCUUCUGUUCGUUAUGUUUAAGUGCCAUAGUUUCCAAAUACUCUGUCAGUGCUUAUAUUACAAAUACUAUUAUGUUUAUAUAAAUUGGAAGUUUCAAUGUCAGUUUUGUACAUACUGAACUAAGGAACAGUAAGGAAAAUUUAUUAUUUCGUAAAAUAAAUCUCUGUGCUAGGUAGUAUUUCAGGGCACUUCAUCAUAGCAUCGGUCACCAGGUGGCACUGCUAUACACAGUCUUGCUACACAGCAAUCCUUUGAGAGCAUGUCUGGAAAUGGGAUAAGGACUUCAGGUUUUCUCCUCUGUGUUGCUUGGAUCUGGAACUGUACACACUCGUGUCAUCAUAACUUCCAUCCUACUUCUUACAUUGUAUGGAAACACUUUAAUUUCUGUUUUAGUUAUCAAAAAGAUGAGCAUAAAUGUUUCCAGUGACACAAACAACAGUCAGCAUUUUAAUGGUAACAGAAUACAUACCAUUGCAUAUUUGCACUAGCUUAAAACAGUAAUUUAAUUACACUAAUGUUUCUGCAUUAUGACUCGUUCUUUUAAAAGUAUCAUGUUGCAUUUGAAGCCUAUCUUCAUUUUACUUUUUUCCCUGUUUAUACAUUUCUCAAAGAGAUUUUUCUAGAUCUGUAUCUUGUUUAUAGAAUGAGCAUUUGCUUAUCCAAGGUUUUUGUGCGGUUUGCCCACUCUAAAAUCCUUCUUCCCUAUUUUUUUAAUGCAGCCUAGUUACCAGUGUCUUUAUCCCACAUUCAGGAAUACACUUCUCUGCCACUGAAAUUGGCCCAGGUGCUUAAUUCCCCUGGGAAUUACCUCUGAAUCUGAAUCAGAUGUUUUUGGUUAUACUGAAGCUGCAAAGAAUUUUUCAGUUCCCAUGAAUGUCAUCACUGUGGUGUCUUUGGCAGUUGAGAGCUUGGCCAAAUUAAAGCAAGACAGGCUUCCUUCCCAGUGAUGCUUUUGAGCUGGGAAGUACUGGAUAUUGCAACCACAUAUGAAGCCUGAGAGUGGUGCUAAGGUCUACACUCAUAAUAAGCAGAGGAAUGUAAGUGCAUGUCUCACACGAAUCACCAGUGUGCUCUACGAUGCUGCUUCUCGCACUCGGGAAGGUGGGAAGAUGAGAGAUGUUCUGCAGGCAACAGAGUCAAGACAACAGAUGUCGAUUAACCUAGGAGAGAGUCAAGGAUAAUGAGAAAGAGGAUUAAGGGGUUCCCAUCUGUUCCUUUUUUUU